AUGGAGGAUUACAAGUACCUGUUCAAAGUGGUACUUGUCGGAAAUGCUGGCGUUGGUAAAACGUGUCUAGUCAGAAAGUUCACACAGGGUAUCUUUCCUCCAGGUCAGAGUGCAACUAUCGGCGUUGAUUUUAUGAUAAAAACUGUCAAAGUAGGAAAUGAUAAAAUAAAACUCCAAAUCUGGGAUACAGCUGGUCAAGAAAGAUUUCGGUCCAUAACACAGAGUUAUUACAGAAGUGCACAUGCAAUUGUCUUAGUAUAUGAUGUAUCAUGCCAACCAUCAUUCGAUUGCCUUCCAGAGUGGCUUGGUGAAAUCGAAAGUUAUGCAAAUCGACGUGUGCUGAAAAUUCUCGUUGGUAACAAAGUUGACAAAGGAGAUGAAAGAGAAGUUCCCGAACGCAUUGGAAGUGACUUUUCCGACGUCAAUCAUUUCGACUAUUUCCUUGAAACAUCAGCUCUCGACGCUACAAAUGUAGAUCAGUUGUUUGAACAAGUUGCCACGAGGCUAACCAACGAUAUGAAAAUCACAGAUGAAAGGGUUCAUCAAUACCGUGCAGAUGCAACCAAUACAUCAAGUUCAGGCGGUCCCAUAAAACUAAUCGAUCGUGCACAGACGCAGCUGAAUUCUUGUUGUAGUCGACAAUGA